AUGGCACCCACUAUCAAGAACAAAGUCUGUCUGAUCGUCCACGACGGAUGGGGCAUUGCUCUAGAGAAGGGGAUCAAGGGUAACGCUAUUGAGGCGGCUGAUACCCCCGUCAUGGACAGGAUCACCAAGGAGGACGCAGCGACGACGCUCCUCGCCAGCGGCACCGCUGUAGGUCUCAGUGAAGGUCUCAUGGGCAACUCUGAAGUCGGACACCUGAACAUCGGUGCUGGACGCAUUGUGUGGCAGGACAUCGUGCGCAUCGAUGUUUCUAUCAAGAAGAGGCAGUUCCACAAGAACGAAGCGAUCCUCGCGAGUUGCAAGCGCGCCAAAGAGGGCAAUGGAAGACUACACCUCAUUGGUCUGGUCUCCGAUGGCGGUGUGCACUCGCACAUUAACCACCUCUUCGCUCUGCUCGAAACCGCCAAAGAGCAAGGCGUUCCACAUACCUACAUCCACUUCCUCGGAGAUGGACGGGACACUGCUCCACGCUCCUCCGAAAAGUAUGCUCAGGAAUUGAUCGACUUUACCAAAAAGCUGGGGUACGGUGAGAUUGCGACCGUCGUUGGACGGUAUUACGCUAUGGACCGCGAUAAGCGAUGGGAUCGCGUGAAAAUUGCUGUUGAUGGACUCGUCCAGGGAGAGGGUGAGAAGGUAGAGGGUGGCCAAGAUGGUCUGGUUGAGGCUAUUCGCGCAAAUUAUGCAAAGGAUGUAACAGACGAAUUCUUGAAGCCCAUCAUCGUCAAUGGCGAUGAGGGUAGACUUAAAGACAACGAUACCAUCUUCUUCUUCAAUUAUCGUUCUGAUCGUAUGCGCGAGAUUGUCUCUGUUCUGGGUCUUCCCGACAAGCCCAUGGAGGUGACGGUUCCCAAAGACCUUGGUAUCACCACCAUGUCCCGCUACAAUGCGGAGUUCCCUUUCCCCGUGGCCUUCCCUCCCCAAGCCAUGACCAACGUGCUCGCCGAGUGGCUGAGCAAACAAGGUGUCAAACAGGCACACAUUGCCGAAACUGAAAAAUACGCGCACGUCACCUUCUUCUUCAACGGAGGCGUUGAGAAGCAGUUCCCACAGGAGACGAGGCACAUGAUCGCCUCUCCUAAGGUUGCGACCUACGACAAGCAACCUGAGAUGAGCGCACAAGGUGUCGCUGAUAAGGUCGCUGAGGUGCUCAAGGAAGGCACAGAGGACUUUGUCAUGUGCAACUUCGCCCCUCCGGAUAUGGUCGGCCACACGGGUGUAUACGAUGCUGCGGUGAAGGCUGUUACCGCGACGGAUAAAGCAGUCGGCACUAUUGCUGAUGCGGCCAAGGAGCACGGCUACGUCCUGCUGAUCACCGCCGACCACGGGAACGCGGAGCAGAUGCUCGAUCCGCACACUGGCAACCCGCAUACCGCACACACAACGAACCCAGUUCCAUUCCUCAUGGUCGGAGAGGGACUCAAAUUCAAGGAGUGGAAGCAGGUUAAGGAGGAGAAGAAGGAGGAUAAGAAGGAGAAGGGUGAGAAGGAUGACGAUGAAGCAGAGGAUGAGCCUGCCAUUUGCGAUGUUGCGCCGACGGUGCUUGAUAUUAUGGGACUGCCUAUUCCUGAGGAUAUGACUGGACGAUCGCUGCUUGCGCAUUGA